AUGCGGGAAACCUCCAGGAACUUGGCCUCAGUUGGAAAAAAAUGGAAAGAUCAUGACAUUGAAGAUCAGUACAAAAACCACAGGAGAAUACUACGAAGAUAUAUGGUAGGGAGACUCUUCGAAAUUAAAGAGGGUAAUCAAUGUGGAGAAAACUUCAUCUUUAUUCCAAAUAUGAAUCUGAAUAAGAAAAUUACUGGAGUAAAACCACACGAAUGCGGUUCAUGUGGAAAUGUUUUUCUGCAUCAUUCAUCGCUUCAUAAGCACAUGAAAUGUCACACUGGACACAAACAUCACAAACACAGAGAUAAACCAUGUAAAUUUAAGAAACGUGAUAAAGUCUUCAGUUGUCUCCAAUUUUUUGGUCAAAAUGAAGGAAAUCAUCAUGGAGAGAAAAACUAUAAAGAAUGUGGGAAAGGCUAUGCAGAUAACAGUUUCUUAGAAACACACAAAACGACUCUCACAAGAGAGAAACAGUAUGAAUGUAAGCAAUGUAAUAAAGUCCUCAGUUGUCCCGAUUCUCAUCGAAAACAUGAAAGAACUCAGACUGAGGAGAAACUUUAUGAAUGCAAGGGAUGUAGGAAGGUCUUUGGUGAUCUGACAGGCCUUCAAGUACACAUGCUCACUCACACUGGAGAAGGACCUUAUAAAUGUAAGGAAUGUGACAAAGCAUUUUUGUCUCCCAGUUCAUUUUGGAUACAUGAAAGGAGUCACACUGGAGAGAAACCCUACAAAUGCAAGGAAUGUGGGAAAGCCUUCUCUCAUCGCCAAAGCUUAAAAGUACACAUGAGACUGCACACCGGAGAGAAACCCUAUGCAUGUAAACAGUGUGGUAAAGCCUUUAGAUAUAAUUAUACUUUUCAAACACAUGAGAGAACACAUACAGGAGAGAAACGGCAUGAAUGUAAACAGUGUGGAAAAGCUCUCAGUUGUCCCAGUUCUCAUCGAAAACAUGAAAGAACUCACACUGGGGAGAAACUUUAUGAAUGUAAGGAAUGUCAGAAGGCCUUUGGUGAGCUCUCCAGCCUUCGAAUACAUGAAAGGAGUCACACUGUGGAGAAACCCUAUGAAUGUAAAGAAUGUGGUAAAGCCUUCAAUUAUUACUCUUGCUUACAAUCACAUGAAAGAAUUCAUACUGGAGAGAGACCCUAUGAAUGCAAGGAAUGUGGGCGAGCCUUCUCCUAUCACCAAGCCUUAAAAGUACACGUGAGAGUACACAGUGGAGAGAAACCCUAUGACUGUAAAUAA